AGUCACCCAUUAUCUGUUUCUAUUUUUGCAGGUCCUGAAUGACAAGCGACAUGGGUUUCUGCAGUGCCACUUGGAGUCUCUUGCACUGUGGAAUGGAUUGACUUUUUUCCAAAAUGGAGAUUUUACAGUAGGCUGGAAUAAAGCACCACGGCUGUGAAUUCUGCUUCUGCUCUGUCACUGGACAUAGCAAAGGAAAGACUCUCUCCCCUGCCCUCUUCCCUUUCCUACUUCCCCCCCCCCUGCUUCCAAUGAAGAAAGCACAGUAUCAUCUCACCUUACUGAUUUAGAGCACACCACCAUCCAGGACAGAUGGUCUGUCAAAAGCUGUAGGAUGCCUGUGGAGAACAUCAUAAUGAAGUAGCAAACUGAUAGCAGUGCUGCUGCCUAAUUGUCAGGAUCACAGCCGACAGAGCUGCACUGCCCUUUCCCUGCUUCCUUAAUCGGGUCAGGAACAGCAGGGUGAACAUGGCUGGCCUCGUUAACAACCUGCUAAUAUUGUUCCUUAUUUUUCAAAACAGCUGUUUGGCUUUCAGAAGCCCACUUUCUGUCUUUAAGAGGUAUAAAGAUUCUGCCAAGUCACAUUCUAAUGAAUGCCUGGGCAGCAACAGGCAGCUGGUUCCUCUAAGUUUAUCAGAUUUUGCAUUGGACAUUCGCAUGCCGGGGGUAACUCCUAAGCAGUCUGAUACCUACCUUUGCAUGUCUGUCCGUUUACCAGUGGAGGAGGAAGCCUACGUAGUUGACUUCAAACCUCAUGCCAGCAUGGACACUGUCCAUCAUAUGCUGCUCUUUGGAUGCAACAAUCCAUCUUCAGAUGAAGAUUCCUGGGACUGUGAUGGAGGAACAUGCACGGACACAUCUAAUAUUUUGUAUGCUUGGGCAAGAAAUGCACCACCAACAAGACUACCAAAAGGUAUGAGAUCUUUCACACUAUGA